AUGUCAGAUGUUACUAGUCUAAAACAUGUCCAGGACUUCCCUGGGGAGACCAAGAUGCCCACCAUGGCCUGGACCAUGGGGCUGGACCAGUGCGCACUGGGCCUUUUGCUGCUGUCCCAGCUGCCCUGCACCCUGGCUGCAGGGGUGUUCACCGUGGGGGUACUGGGCCCCUGGGCCUGUGACCCCAUCUUCGCCAGGGCCCGACCGGAGCUGGCUGCACGACUGGCUGCUUCUCGCCUGAACCGCGCUAACCACCAGGCUAGGAUGCCCAGAGUGGAAGUGGCGAUGCUUCUGGAGCCCUGCAGGACACCUGCCUCGCUGGGCUCCGUGGCCCCAGCGUUGGCUCAAGUGUCCGGCCUAGUGGGCCCGGUGAACCCUGCUGCCUGCCGGCCUGCAGAGCUGCUGGCCCAGGAGGCAGGGGUUGCUCUGAUGCCUUGGGGCUGCCCAGGGGUGCAGGCAGCUGAUGCCCUCUAUGCCCUCCUGCGCACAUUCCGCUGGGCACGAGUGGCACUGGUCACAGCCCCACAGGACCUAUGGGUGGAGGCAGGACAUGCACUGUCCACUGCACUCAGGGCCCGGGGCCUACCCAUCUCCCUGGUGACCUCCAUGGAGCCUUCAGACCUGGCAGGAGCUCGGGAGGCUUUGAGGAGGGUCCAGGCCAGCCCCCGUGUCCGAGUGGUGAUCAUGGUGAUGCAUUCAGUGUUGCUGGGAGGUCAGGAACAGCGCAGCUUGCUGCAGGCCGCAGAGGAGCUAGGUCUGGCCGAUGGCUCCCUGGUCUUCCUGCCCUUCGACACACUCCACUAUGCCCUGGCCCCUGGCCCAGACGCUCUGGCAGUGAUAGCCAACAGCUCCCAGCUUCUCAAGGCCCAUGAUGCAGUGCUCACCUUGACCCGCCACUGCCCACCAGGGGCCAGCGUGCUGGACAGCCUGCGAAAGGCCCAAGAGCUCCAGGAACUACCCCCUGAUCUCAACCUGCAGCAGGUAUCCCCACUCUUUGGCACCAUCUAUGAUGCAGUCUUCUUGCUCGCACAAGGCAUGCUGGAAGCACACAAGGCUGCAGGUGGUGGCUGGAUGUCAGGAGCUGCUGUGGUCCACCAUGUUCGGAAUGCCCAGGUCCUUGGGUUCUGUGGAGCCUGGGGAGGAGCUGAGGAGACUCCCUUUGUGCUGCUGGACACAAAUGCAGUGGGAGAUCGACUAUAUGCUACAUAUAUGUUGGACCCAGCCCAGGGACACUUCCGUUGGGCUGGGACACCGGUGCAUUUCCCUAGAGGAGGAAAAGGGCCUGGGCAUGACCACUCAUGCUGGUUUGACCCAGAAGUCAUCUGCAAUGGAGGAGUGGAACCAGGCCUGGUCUUUAUUGGCUUUCUUCUGGUGGUUGGAAUGGGACUGACAGGGGCCUAUCUUGCCCAUUACAUGAGGCAUCGCCUACUUCAUAUCCAAAUGGCCUCAGGCCCUAACAAGAUCAUCCUGACUCCAGAUGACAUCACUUUCCUUCCCCCACCAGGAGGAAGUUCUCGAAAGGUGGUUCAGGGGAGUCGAUCGAGUCUCACUGCCCGCAGCAUAUCAGACAUUCGCAGUGGUCCUAGCCAGCUCCCCAACAAUUCCAACAUUGGCCUCUAUGAGGGAGAUUGGGUUUGGCUAAAAAAGUUCCCAGGGGAUCAACACAUAGCUAUUCGUCCAGCAACCAAGACAGCCUUCUCCAAGCUCAGGGAGCUCCGCCAUGACAACGUAGCCCUCUACCUUGGACUCUUCCUGGCUGGGAGAGUGGACCAUCCCGGGGUGCUGGGGGAAGGCAUGCUGGCUGUGGUCUCGGAGCAUUAUGCCCGGGGUUCCCUUCAUGACCUCCUCGCACAGAGAGACAUCAAGCUGGACUGGAUGUUCAAGUCCUCCCUUCUCAUGGACCUCAUCAAGGGAAUGAGAUAUCUGCACCAUCGUGGCGUGGCCCACGGGAGGCUGAAGUCACGCAAUUGCGUGGUGGAUGGGAGAUUUGUGCUUAAAGUCACUGACCAUGGCCAUGGCCACCUGCUGGAGGCACAGAGGGUGCUACCACAGCCUUCUAACGCCGAGGACCAGCUAUGGACAGCCCCAGAGCUGUUGCGGGACCCUGCCAUGGAGCGCCGGGGGACACUGGCCGGUGACGUCUUUAGCCUGGGCAUCAUCAUGCAGGAGGUUGUGUGUCGGAGCACACCCUACGCCAUGCUGGAACUGACUUCUGAGGAAGUGGUGCAGAGGGUGCAGAGCCCCCCUCCACUGUGUCGGCCCUUGGUGUCCAUGGACCAGGCACCCGUAGAGUGCAUCCAGUUGAUGAAGCAGUGCUGGACAGAGCAGCCAGAUCUUCGGCCCUCCAUGGACCACAUCUUCGACCUGUUCAAGAGCAUCAAUAAGGGCCGGAAAAGCAACAUCAUUGACUCAAUGCUUCGGAUGCUAGAGCAGUACUCAAGCAACCUGGAGGACCUCAUCCAAGAACGAACAGAAGAACUGGAGCUAGAGAAGCAGAAAACGGACCGACUGCUCACACAAAUGCUGCCUCCGUCUGUGGCUGAGGCUCUGAAGAUGGGGACGCCUGUGGAGCCUGAGUUCUUUGAGGAGGUGACGUUGUACUUCAGUGACAUAGUGGGCUUCACCACCAUUUCUGCUAUGAGCGAACCCAUCGAAGUGGUAGACCUACUCAACGACCUCUAUACACUCUUCGAUGCCAUCAUUGGCUCUCAUGACGUCUACAAGGUGGAGACCAUUGGGGAUGCCUACAUGGUAGCUUCUGGGCUGCCCCAGCGGAACGGGCAACGUCAUGCAGCGGAGAUUGCCAACAUGGCCCUGGACAUCCUGAGUGCCGUGGGCUCCUUUCGCAUGAGACACAUGCCAGAGAUGCCCAUGCGCAUCCGCAUUGGCCUACACUCUGGACCAUGUGUGGCUGGUGUGGUGGGUCUUACCAUGCCCCGGUAUUGUCUUUUUGGGGACACAGUCAACACUGCAUCGCGCAUGGAAUCCACUGGGCUACCCUACCGCAUCCAUGUGAACAUAAGUACCGUGCAGAUCCUACGUGCUUUGGACGAGGGCUUCCAGGUGGAGGUACGAGGACGAACGGAGCUCAAGGGCAAAGGCACUGAAGAAACAUAUUGGCUGGUGGGCAGACGUGGCUUCAAUAAACCCAUCCCCAAACCACCUGACCUGCAACCUGGAGCCAGCAACCACGGCAUCAGUCUGCAGGAAAUCCCCCCUGAUCGGCGCCAGAAGCUGGAGAAGGCGAGGCCUGGCCAGUUUUUGGGAAAGUGA